UGGGCUUGAAGUAUGAGGAUAGUCUAGAGCCGCGUUCCUGAGCGUUGCCGAGGAGCUACGUCACAGGGUCCGGUCGUUCUAGACACCCCCCAGGGCAUCGCUCCCCUCAUCCGUCAUCCGUCUCCAAGUCACUCCCACCCGUGUAUAGCCAUGACCAAGUCACGCAAGGACGCGGAACGAGAGGUUACUUCCUGGGGCUUCAAGCACGUCUUUACUUGGACCGAUGGACCAAACGCUCACUAUCCGCCACAUAGGCACAGCGGCCUCACCACGCACCUGAUUCUCAAUGGGCAAUUGACCAUCACCUAUCCGGAAGAUUCCCAGCCCAAAAAGGAGACCUUUGGACCUGGCGCGAGGAUUGAUGUCGAUGCUCGUAAACUCCACGAGGUUUGGAUGGGCGAUGAGGGCUGUACAUAUGUCAUCGGAGAGUAG